AUGCGUUCACGUACUGGAUGCCUCACUUGCCGGCAAAGGAAGCUCAAGUGUGAUGAGAAGAAGCCUGUCUGUGGGCAAUGUAUCAAGGCAUCGAGGGAAUGCGUACCAAGCUCAGGGAUAGUGUUUCGUCACCAACACAAUGCCUCCAUGAACGGCGACGACUCCGGAGAUGAGAACUCACUGAAAGGUUUCUACUCCUACAAGAACACAUUUGAGGAUGAUGCUAUCUGGUUGGACAUCCCCAAGAACGUCACCUUCAUCAACACAACCAAUCCCUACUUGGACCCCGUAACACCGGAUAUCGAAACCAUGUCCGUCACAUCAAUGGAUUCGCCUGCUCCUUUCCAGCCUCGAUCAAUCGGCUCGUGGCCAACCUCAAACAACUACCACUCGCUGACCAGCACACCUUCAAGUAUGGGACCUGAGCUACCACCUACCAGCGUACCCAUGUGCUAUACUCCAGAGCUCGAUGCCUUGCCACCUCUGAUGCAAUCGCCUCCCACAUCGUCAGUCAACACGCCCAUCUCACCGCCAGCCUCUUUAUGUAAUCGACGUAUCCAUCCAAUCAUGGACUGGUCUGGCGCCAUGACACCUCCACCUAUUGACCCUCGCCUCACUUCACCCUUCGAUGCCACCUCAGACUACAUUCCUCGAUCAUGCUCUAUGACAAGCUUGCGGCAGUCACCGCCCCGUUCCAACAGUGAAUCUUUUAUGUCAAAGGAUCACGAAGUCGCCUUCCUGUUGCAGUAUUUCUCCGAGGUUCCUGGGCGAUGGAUGGACCUCUUCGACAUGGACGCCUACUUCGCUUCUUACGUACCAGUACAAGCACGGGAAAACACCCUCAUGAAGUAUGCUGCCGUCGCAUGCGCUGCUAAAGUUCUCUCGCAGACUCAAGGCCGAAAGUCUGGUGGAAGAUGUCAACCAAAAAUGGAGGUCUACCCUGGGUCUUCGUCAGUGGAUUGGAAGCACAAGGCAGCACAUUAUUACGAUAAUGCCGUCUCAUGUAUGCUUCAGGCUCUGAAGUCCGAUACCACCAUCACCCCAGAUGAUUCGGACUGCGAGUUCCGCCAGCACAGUGGCGAGCUAGUGCACCCAACGAAGCGACGCCGGACAUCAAGCAACGCCUCCGCCAAAUCUGGCACUGACGAGAUCCUUGCUGCAUCUGCAAUCCUUUGCAUAUACGAACACCUCGACGCAUCAAUGUCAGAAUGGGCCAAGCACUUGAACGGGGCUAAGUCUCUUCUGGCCCACUCACAGGAGCGUAUGAUGCCUUACCAGAUGCAGUCGCCUGGUUCACCUAUCUCGACUUCAAGCCUCAGCUUCAUCUCCAAGGCUAGGCGAUCCAUAUUCUGGAACAUUGCAGGUCAAGAUAUGUAUGCAGCUUUCAUCAACAAGACUCACACACACCUUGACACCGAAGAUCUUUCGCUGUGGAAGGAAGCGGGCUUACUCAUUGACGACCAAGGAUUCUUAGUACCCAACGACCUCAUUGAAAACGGCUACUCCGACGAUGGGUUCAUCUGCAAGGCCCUCACCUGGCUCAUGUCGAAAUUGUUCAACUUCAUGGCGGCCGGAGAUCAGCUUCCGGCGGAUAUGGGAAUGGGUUACGCCAGUAUUCCUCAGUCGACACUUCUGGACUACUGGUACCACCUGCGCAAGCAGUUCCAGGCUUGGCACGACAGUCUUCCAGCGACCUUCAAGCCUUCUAGCCGGGUGGAGCCUACACUUGCCCCUGGACGACUUCUCCGAGGAGAAAACGAGGCUAUGUUCCCUGGAGUCUGGUAUGAUGUUCCGAGGUGCGCCUCAGUAAUGCAAGCCUACCAUAUGAGCCAGAUCCUUCUGUUCAUGAACAAGCCUCACGAAUCGACUCAAGGCCGCAGCACUGUCUGUGCUCGCCUCAAUUCCUACCAGUCAGUUCUCGCUGCUUGCCAGAAGCACAGCCGCGAGAUCGUUGGCAUCUCACUCGCACAGUUAGACGAUGCCUCCCGUGUCUGUUCCGUCCAGGCUCUCUUUACUGCCGGUCAGUGCCUCGGUGAUGCCCGCGAGCGUCAGGUCGUUCUCGACCUCCUCCGCGAUGUCGAGACCGACGUUGGCUACGCUACCGAAUACCGAGCUCGCCAGCUCACCGAGCAAUGGCAGUGGGAGGCCGCUCAGCAGAACGUCUUUGUCCCUUGA